AUGGCUUCAAACGAUCAAAAACUCAAUAUGGCUUUAGACGAUAUAAUAAAAGAUAAUCGAAGACAAAAUAAUAAUCGUGGUCGAGGAAGAGGUGGGAGAAAUCAGAUUCAAAACCAACGACGUGGUGGCACUCAGGGAAAUAGACGUGGUACUACUGGUCGUGGACGCAUUACAAAAUCAUACAACAGAGGUGCAAAUCGGGGAAGAAGUAAUCGUGGAAGAAGUGGAUAUGCCCUCAAUAACACCAGCAGAUCUUCAAAUUAUCAACAAAAUUCAAAUGCUUAUCGUGGCAGUAACAAUAACCAACGACUACCAAGACGUGGUUAUCGAUCAAAUCCAUCAGCAACGUAUAAUCCUCUUCGACGUGAUACAAUAUCUUCACCACCGAAGCAACAACAGUCACGCUUCAGUAAUACAUUAUCAAGCUAUAAUCAAGGUGGAAAUAAAAAUGGAGCUCAAGAUGUUGGAUCAUUACGUCGACGGAUGAUAGCGGCACAAAAAGCAUUGAAUCGCGCACAAAAAACAUUAGCAUCAAUGCCAAAAAUAAGACUACAACGACAAAAUUUUUUACAACAGCCACAAAAAUUAACAAAUAUUAUGUCACGUAAUCGCAACGGUGGUGCAAUUAUGAAAAGAACAUCGUUGAGACAAAAGUCAGCAGGCGUCAAUGCAGUGAGUCUUUGUGAAUUAGUAAAUACAACAGAAAUUCAAUUUUUACAUAAAGCGUAUUUAUUCUGA